GUGGGCACUGUAAGUGCAUUCUCUCUGGAAUGAUACCGGGGCUCUGAGAAAAAGGCUGCGAAUGGGGAAAGGUUUGGCUAAAAGUAGGGCAACCACCGGGGUAUAAAAGAUUGCUUUUGAAUUCCAGUGCAAAACGAGCGAGGAGUAAAGAUCUCUGUCGUUCUCGGUGGAAUCGAUUUCCACCCCCUUCCAGGAUACUGCCUUCCUUCAGACCACUUUAACUAGCACAAGUGAGAAAAAUUCAAGAAAGAUGAAGUUGAUCAUUGUACUGUUCGUUGUGGCCGUUCUGCAACCUUUUGCUGAAUCUGAUCGUCAAGGAGAUGCAUUAAAUGACAUGAAGCGUAAGUUAAAUGCCAGUGGCAGUCAGCUUGUUGAUUGGAAUACAAAUCAAGUCAAUCCCUGCACAUGGAACUCUGUUAUUUGUGAUAAUAACAACAAUGUCAUUCAAGUAACAUUGCCUAACAUGGGAUUCACUGGAACCUUGUCUCCAAGAAUUGGAGAGCUGAGCUAUUUAACUGUAUUGUCCUUGCCAGAUAACAAUAUAACUGGCGGAAUACCAGAAUCAUUUGGAAAUUUAUCUAGUCUGACAAACUUGAAUUUGGAAAAUAAUCUUUUAAGUGGAGAAAUACCCGCUUCUCUUGGCAGGCUUUCGAAGCUUUCAAUUUUGACUUUGAAUCAAAACAAACUUACUGGAAAUAUUCCUGAAUCCCUUUCAAACCUUCCAGGCUUAAAUGACAUUGGUCUAGCGUUCAAUCAUCUUAGUGGUCUAGUACCAGAUCGUCUAUUCCAAGUAGCCAAAUACAACUUUACAGGUAACAAUCUAAAUUGUGGCUCAAAUUUUCCACACCCUUGUGCAUCCAAUGUACCUGGCCAAGGAGGAUCCAGCAAUCCAGAGAUUGGAAUUGUGCUGGGCAGUGUUGGAGGAGUAAUAGGGCUCCUUGUUAUAGGGGCUGCAUUUCUGUUCUGUAAGGUUAGGAGGAAAGGUUAUCGACGGGAAGUUUUUGUAGAUGUUGCAGGUGAAGUUGAUCGCAGGAUUGCAUUUGGACAGUUGAAGAGAUUUGCUUGGCGAGAAUUACAACUUGCAACAGAGAACUUCAGUGAGAAGAAUAUUCUUGGACAGGGGGGUUUUGGAAAAGUUUAUAAAGGAGUGCUUCCAGAUAACACAAAAAUUGCUGUAAAAAGGUUGACUUAUUAUGGAAAUCCUGGAGGGGAGGCUGCAUUUUUACGUGAAGUGGAGCUGAUAAGUGUAGCUGUUCACAGAAAUCUAUUGAGGUUGUUUGGUUUUUGUACAACACCAACAGAACGGCUUCUAGUUUAUCCUUUCAUGCAAAACUUGAGUGUUGCCUACCGUUUACGAGACUUUAAACCUGGGGAACCAGUUUUAGAUUGGCCUACAAGAAAAAGAGUGGCUUUAGGCACUGCACGUGGUUUGGAGUACCUUCACGAACAUUGCAACCCAAAAAUUAUACAUCGUGAUGUUAAAGCUGCUAAUGUCUUGCUUGAUGAAGAUUUUGAAGCAGUUGUUGGGGACUUUGGCUUGGCAAAAUUGGUUGAUGUGAGGAGUACAUCUGUGACAACUCAAGUUCGUGGGACUAUGGGCCACAUAGCACCUGAAUAUUUGUCGACUGGAAGGUCAUCUGAGAAAACUGAUGUUUUUGGUUAUGGGAUCAUGCUUCUCGAACUUGUUACCGGACAACGUGCUAUAGACUUUUCUCGCUUGGAGGAAGAAGAUGAUGUACUCUUGCUUGAUCAUGUUAAGAAACUAGAGAGGGAAAAACGAUUGGAUGCUAUUGUCGACCGUAACCUGAAAAAGAACUAUGACAGCCAGGAAGUGGAAAUGAUGAUUCAGGUUGCUUUGCUUUGUGCCCAAGCAUCACCGGAGGAUCGUCCCACAAUGUCUGAAGUAGUUCGGAUGCUUGAAGGGGAGGGGCUGGCUGAGAGGUGGGAAGAGUGGCGGCAAAUUGAAGUUUCACGGGGGCAAGAAUACGAGAUGAUGCAACGGAGAUUUAACUGGGAUGAAGAUUCUAUGCAUAACCAGGAAGCCAUUGAACUCUCUGGGGGAAGAUGAAUUGAAGGUGGAAUUACAAUCAACUUGUUGUUAGGAAUGUGAAGAAUGGUGAGAAAAUAGUUUCUUUUCUUUUCUUUUCUUCCUGCUUUGUUUUUGUGAGUGUUGCUGUGCAGGCAGAGGCUAAGGGCCCUCUAGGUACAUGCCUCUGCCUUGGUCCCUGGGUCUUCUCUUCCUCAAGAAGAAUCUCACAUUUGUACAAAUCCUAUCAUGCUUUUCAAAUUGAAGGGAGUUUUGCAUGGAGAAACCCAACUUUAUCUCAUUCUGCGAAGCAGGUCACUUCUGUUCUUUCUUUUGAAGAAAAAGUCCACUUCAAACUUCCUUGGACCAUUGUACCUUUUUCCUUAUGACCAGCUUAAACACAUUCUUGUGUGCGCGCUAGUCGACCAUAUGCGUGUUUAUUACAAUUAUGUGCAUACUGAUUAUAUAUUAUAUGUAAAGGCAUAAGGAUCUGGUAAAGUUU